AUGAUUCGCGUAACCGUCCACACCGGCAAGUCCGUCAACACGUACGAGGGCACGCGCUACAUUUCCAUCCUCGCCUCGCAGACGCGCGACCGCUACUACGUCUACACGGGUCACGGCGAUUCGUUCAGUCUGCAGCUCGACAAUGGCUCGGGCGCUCGCUCGGGCAGCGCCACUUGGAUGUCCCCUCGCGACGGUCAGUACUACGCGAGCGCGACGGUGAACGUCUCGGGUAGCGGCAACAACACGUACGUGGACUUCACCCCUCCCACCACUGGAGGCGUCGACAACGACUGGCUCCUGGUGCUCGAGUUUUAG